AUGAUAGUUUUAUUGACAUUCAUUCUUUUCUUGAAAUCAGCAUGUAAAUUUAGAAAAAUAAAAGAAAAAUUUUAGCAAAAUUAUUUUAAAGUAAGCAUAAUUAACACUGAGACUUACACUAAAUAUAUAGAAUUCAAUUUAGAUAAAUGUGCUUACACUGGUUUUCUCACCAUAAUUGGAAGUUAUACAUGCCCUAUUUAAGUAUAAGUAGGUAGUCCAGGUUAGUAAUUGACUCUCUCAAUUGCAAUUAAUAGAAUUGUACCAAAUGAUUAAUUAUAAUCAGCUACAAGUUUUUUAUUAAGUAGUGAGUGCAUACUAUAAAAUAAGUGUAUCUCUUUUUUUAUAUAAAAAAAAUUUGACGAAGCAUUCAAUCCAGAACUAACCAGCUCAUUAAAUAAAACUGGAAUUAACUAUUCAAAUACAAUAACUUAAACCGCUUUUCACAAUUUUUAAAGCAUUUAUUAAAUCAACGGAACGAUAUUAAGGAUUAAUGGUGAAUAUUAAUCAGAUUUAUUUUAGAUUUCAGAAGAAGUAGAAUAAAAAAUUAGGAUUCCAUUUGUUUUAGUUAAUUCAAUGUGGGCUUUCAAUGCACCUACUUUUGGAAUACUAAAUUUUGAAAGACAUAAUAUGAACAGUUUAAUACUUUAAGGAUAUUUGCAAAAUUAACUCAAAACACCUAAGUUUGCCAUAACAAUUGAAAAUAAAGUAGGAAAGAUUAUAUAUGACGAAAUACCAAAAUAUUUAAAUAAUGCAAUUGAGAUAAAAACGAAAUCUUCUGACUUAUGGGAUUUAAAAAUUACAGGUAUGAUUUUGGAAGAUAAAGAUGUAUUACCAUUAGCCCAUUUUUAAUCAUUAGAAUUCACUUUAUAUCCAUUCACCUAAUUACCCAAAGGUAGCCAAAUAUUAACUAUCAUGCAUAAAAAUCUAACUUAUACAAAUAAAAUUAAAGGGAUAGUUAAUUAUCUAUUAAAGAAAUACUCACAUUUACUCAUUAAGCACGAGAACACAGUGUAAUUGUAAGAUUGUGAGCACUGUAGUUGCUUGGAAAAACUUAAUUUUCCUGAUCUGAAAAUUUAUACAGAAAAAGUAAUGAUCACUUUAACACCAAAAUAAUACUUUUCAGAGAAUUAGAGUAAAAAUAUUUGCUAAAUUGUAAUUUCGAUGGAUAAAAUUAUGCUUUCAAGUAAAUUUUAUCAAGAUUAUCCUACUAUUUUUAAUACAAAAAACGGAUCUAUAGCUAUUUUUAAAUACCUUAAUUAAAUGUGA